GGCCAAGCUGAUUUUUGUACCGAGUGGUGGCUGGACUGGUGACGCGCCGCCAUUUUGAUUUAAAUGCGCUUGUGGAAUAGCGGUAUAUUGUGAUAAGUGGUGUAAAUUAACAAAAUAAAUUACUAUAAGCUUCAAAAAAGAUAAAAAGUAAUCCCAACAAUGGUUGCGCAAACAAAAGUAUUCGUCGGGAGUUUACCCCAAGGUUCCAGACCAGAGGAUUUAAGAAAACUUUUUGAACGAUUCGGUGCUGUAACAGAAUGCGAUAUCAUGAACAGAUGUGGAUUUGUGCACAUGGAAACUGAAGAUCAAGCAUCAGCCGCUAUCCGCGCUCUGCACAACUCUACGUUUAAUGGCGGGGUUAUUACCGUGGAACGAGGCAGGAUCAAGGAAAGGGGACAGCGUGGUGGUGGUGGAGGUCGAGGUGGCCGCGGAGGCAUGCGAGGCGGCAUGGACAGACGGGGCGGCGGACCUAUGAGAGGAGGUGGACCGCCCAGAGAUGCGCCGUACCCUAUGAGGGGAGAUAGACACAUGGGACAUAUGCGCGGAGGCGAUAUGAGAGGCCCGCCCAUGGGAGGUAUGGGAGGCAUGAGAAACGGGAUGGGUGGCGGGGCCCCUUACGAUCGUGGCAUGGAUAGGCCCCCGAUGGGAGGUUAUGAUGACAGGUACAACGGCUACGGAGAGGACAGGCGUGGGUUUGCGCUGAUGGACGGCCGUGGAGCUCGGGAGCAAUACGGUGCACCGGCACCGAUGUAUCCUGACGACAGACGGGGAUACGCACCGGUCGACGACAUGCAGCAGAUGUAUCCGGAUGAGAGGCACACACCCAUGUACCCUGACGACAUGAUGGACCGGCGAGGCGGUGGAAUGCGCGGUGGACAGAUGCCCAUGGGAGGUGGAUAUGAUAGGGCUCCUCCGCGAUCAGCUCCACCAAUGGGCAAUGGGGAUAUGUAUAGCAGGAGAACACCACCACCUAUGAGGGGUGCUGCAGGUGGUGCCACAGGAGGGUAUGACCGGGAUCCCUAUCCACAGCCGUAUGCGCCCAUGGGACGCGCGGGCGGCGGCGGCGCGGCGGCAGGGCCCCGCGGGAGGCCCCAGCGACCCGGCGCGGGGGCCCCGGCGCGCAGGCCCCAGCUACCACGGACCAACAAAAACUGUAUAGCGCUAGUGUAGUCGCUGCACGCCACGACACGUCGCCGCGACGCGCGACACGACUCGCGGCCCGACCUCGCGACGCGGUCUUAGCUCGAGAUUACGGUCACAUCUAGCCCUAAGUACCUCGUCUUAGCUGUACAUUCAUCAUGUCAAAUCGCUUUUCAAUUUCAAAUAAAUCAAUGUAACGGACAUUAUGUUUUCAUUUACCGUUGACUUAUGACACGAGACGAUGCAAUUGUUUCCACGAUUGGUGCGUCCGAGCAAUAAAAUUAAAUGUUAAGAUAUCAUUAAAUAAGAUGUAUAUGAUAAGGCUAGAAUAAAGUCCUGAUAUGGAACAA